AUGAAGAAAAGAGAAAGAGGCGGAGAGAUCUCCAUUGGAGGACUGGUCACACCGAUUUUAGUGGCUUGCGAUGUGCCCUUGAAGGGAGUGGUACACGAUCCUAGAUGGCUGGACGUUGACUACGUCGUGCUGGCGAGAUUUUUGGCCCAUGAGAGGCCUAAUGAUAUGAUGUUGUUCAAGUUCGUCCACCCAACUGUCGGAGCUGCCCAAAUGAUCCUACCUAAUGUCAUAUGCACCAAGGUUGAGACAUAUGAGCCAGAACCUGAUCAAGGAAAUCAUGAGGAAGAGGAGGUGAACUAUGUCUAUGGGAACCAAGGACAGCGGUUUGGAAAUCAGCAAGGUAGCAGACCUUACAGUGGAAACAGCCAGCGCAGUAACUUUCAGGGCAAUUCUUCUGGUUUCACACCCAAACCUGAAUAUCAAAAGCAGCAACAAAACAGUGGAUUAACAAGGACUUAUGACAACAAUUCAUAUCAAUCUCCACCUCCUAAGUCAGCUGAGACUAUCACAUUGAGAAGUGGCAAACAAAUUCAUUCUAUACCCCAGAAGAAUCAAAGUGAUGAUCUACAGGAGUUGAUUGAUAUAGAAGACGAAGAGGAUGUUUCUGCUGAGCCAGUAUCGACCGACACACAUGGGCAUCGGUCGUCACCCAAACCAUCCGAAGUUUCGGACAAAAUUCCAGAACAAGGCAUCGAUCGACACCAACAAGGUGGCAUCGAUCGACACCCUUCACGGACCGAACCUGAACUCGUGAAAUCUCCUACUCCAGUUGCAGAAAAAGUUUACACACCUAAGGUUCCAUUCCCCAAGAAUCCAAGGAAGUCUAAACAAAAGCUAGAUGAUGCUAAGUGCAAAGCCAUGAUGGAUAAGCUUAUUCUUGAGUUGCCUUUGGUUGAUGCUGUUAAGACUUCUCCAAUGCUUAGGAGAUAUGUCAAGAGGAUGGUAACCAAGGAUUUUAAUGCUGAGCAAGGAGUUACGAUGAUAUCAGCCCAAGUUAGUGCCAUCAUUCAGAACAAGAUCCCAGAAAAACUUCCUGAUCCAGGGAGCUUUGUUAUUGAUUGCACUAUCUUCACUCACAGAUUUGCUAGAUCUUUGUGUGAUCUUGGUUCUAGUGUCAACCUCAUGCCAAGAUCAGUAGCACUCAGCCUGGGAAUGACAGNUAUAUUCCAUGAGCUGCAUCCUGAGGAUCCAUUAGAGAGAGCAUUGGUUGCUUCUGCUGAAGAAGCUGAGCAUCUAGAUUACAUUGCUGCUGGGUAUGUCAAACUGCUUGAUGCUAAUGAACAAGUGAAGAGGCUGGUUGCACAAGAGGAAUUGGUUAGUACUUCUUCACAAACUGCAAAGGUUUCUGAUUGGAGUCUUGAAAAAGCUCCAAAGCUUGAUCUCAAGCCACUUCCUGCAGGUUUAAGAGCUCACUUUACUGCUAAGCAAGCUUCGCAAACAUCUAUUGAGCAUCAGAGGAGGCUUAAUCCGAAUUUGCAAGAUGUUAUCAAGAAGGAGAUCAUGAAGCUGCUGAAUGCUGGGAUCAUCUAUCUGAUAUCUGACAGCAAUUGGGUUAGUCCGGUACAUGUUGUUCCUAAGAAGGGUGAAGUCACAGUGGUGAAGAAUGACAAGAAUGAGCUGAUCCCUACAAGGACAAUUACUGGUCAUAGGAUGUGCAUAGACUACAGGAAGCUGAAUGCUGCAACAAGGAAAGAUCACUUCCCACUUCCUUUCAUUGACCAGAUGCUGGAGAGGUUAGCUAAUCAUCCAUACUACUGCUUUUUGGAUGGUUACUCAGUCUUCUUCCAGAUUCCCAUUCAUCCUGAUGACCAAGAGAAGACCACCUUCACUUGUCCCAAUGGUACCUUCGCUUACCGCAGAAUGCCCUUUGGUCUCUGUAAUGCUCCUGCAACAUUUCAGAGAUGCAUGAUGUCUAUCUUCACUGAUAUGAUUGAAGAUUAUAUGGAGGUGUUCAUGGAUGAUUUUUCAGUUUAUGGAUCUUCAUUCAAGAGCUGUUUGGACAACCUCUGUAAGGUGCUAGCAAGAUGUGAAGAGAAGCAUUUGGUGCUUAACUGGGAAAAAUGUCAUUUUAUGGUUAGAGAUGGCAUAGUGCUUGGCCACAGGGUUUCAGAAGCUGGAAUAGAGGUUGACCGCGCUAAGAUAGAGGUGAUGACAGGUCUUCAACUACCAGAGAAUGUGAAGGCAGUGAGAAGCUUUCUUGGACAUGCAGGGUUCUAUAGGCGUUUUAUCAACGAUUUCAGCAAGAUAGCAAGACCACUUUCUGCUUUGUUGUGCAAAGAUGUCAAGUUUGAAUUCACUGAAGAAUGUCGCAUAGCCUUUGAGAGGAUUAAGCAGGAGCUUGUGAGUGUGCCUAUUGUUCAGCCACCAGAUUGGGAUCUUUCAUUUGAAGUAAUGUGUGAUGCUAGUGACUUUGCAGUGGGAGCAGUGUUGGGACAAAGAAAAGAUAAGAAGCUUCAUGCAAUCUACUAUGCAAGCAGGACACUUGAUGAGGCACAAAGAAAUUAUGCAACAACAGAGAAGGAGUUGUUGGCUGUGUUGUUUGCUUUUGAGAAGUUUAGGUCUUAUCUGGUAGGUUCAAAAGUCAUUGUUCAUACUGAUCAUCCUGCAUUAAGGUACUUGAUGCAGAAGAAGGAUGCUAAGCCUAGACUUUUGAGAUGGAUUCUUCUUCUACAAGAGUUUGACAUUGAAGUGAGGGAUAAGAAAGGGAUAGAGAAUGGUGUUGCUGAUCACUUGUCAAGGAUUAGGAUUGAUGAUGAUGUCCCAAUUUGUGAUUGUCUACCUGAAGAGCAUGUUUAUUUUGUUGAUACUGGCUCCAAUCAACCUUGGUAUGCUGAUAUUGCCAAUUAUCUUGCUGCAAAGGUAGAACCAGACAAAUUUACAGGCUAUCAUAAGAAGAGGUUCUUGAGAGAGCUAAGGAGAUAUUAUUGGGAUGAGCCUUAUUUGUAUAAGCAUUGCACUGAUGGUGUUUACAGAAGAUGUCUAGCUGAGACUGAAACCAGUGGACAAGUUGAAGUCUCCAACAGGCAGAUUAAGGAGAUUCUAGAGAAAACAGUCGGUGUUACAAGGAAAGAUUGGGCUAUGAAGCUUGAUGAUGCACUUUGGGCUUACAGAACUGCAUAUAAGACACCACUUGGCACUACACCUUUUCAUCUGCUUUAUGGGAAAGCAUGUCAUCUACAAGUGGAGUUAGAGCACAAGGCAGCUUGGGCAGUUCAGUUGAUGAAUUUUGAUGCCAAGACAGCUUCAGAGAGAAGGUUAGUGCAGUUGAAUGAGUUGGAUGAGCUGAGAUUUCAUGCAUUUGAGAAUUUCAAGCUGUACAAGGAGAGAACCAACGCUUAUCAUGAUAAGAAGAUCAUCUCCAGACAAUUUGAGCCAAAUGACCAGGUGCUCCUUUACAACUCUCGCUUGAAGCUGUUUCAUGGAAAGCUGCGUUCCCGCUGGUCUGGUCCUUUUACUGUUCAAGAGGUUAGACCAUACGGAGCUAUUGUGCUGUUGAACUCCAAAGGAGAUAAAUUUACUGUUAAUGGCCAAAGGGUGAAACAUUAUUGGGCGAAAGCUGAGAUACCAGACGGACACAUUGUGCGUUUGGAUGAUGCACCCUCUGCCUAA